UUCAUACCUCUUCGUCAGUUAUAUCUCGUGAAUUGAAGAAGUUUAUUGCGACUGCAAUUUUUUGUAACCGUCGCGAAAUUGAUCCAAAUAUCGAAAAUUGUUCAAUUCUAUAAACAUUUUCUUAGUAAAAUUAUUAUAAUCUAAUAUGGCAGACAAGAAAGUGACACCUCCCCUCGGAGCCUACCCGCAGCCGCAGCCCCCGCAGGGGCCCUUUCUUCCCGCACCGCCGCAUCAGGCAGCUCCGCAGUAUGGAGUGGCGGGUGGAUCGCCGUACGGCGUGGCCUUCGGCGGGGCGGGAGCCGGCGCGGGAGGCGUGUACGCUCCGCCGCCCUACGAGCAGCUGCAGCACCACCAGGGCAUCCCGGGCUUGGGUCAGCAACUGCCCGUUUACUCCGGCGCAGCGGCCAUGUACGCGGCCGCCGCCGCCGGCUACCCGGGCUACAUCGGCUACCCCGUGCAGUACUAUCCCUACUAUCCCAUGCAGCCCUCAAUCCAGCCGCUUAGACCGACCAUCAUGAUCCCGAACGGGUUUGAGGCCGGAGGUCGCUUCGAAGGCUUGGCGCAGACGCUUCUGCCCCCCGCGCCCCCUGCCGUGCCUCCCUCUCCCGCGCACCUCGCCGCCAUUCAGCCCCAUCAAGUGCUAUGGCGUUAAGUAAGAGCGCGGCCGGAACCGACGGCGCCGACUCAGCACAAUCUCGUAUAAUUGAAGGACUAUAAUUUAGCAAUAAAUAAUAUUAAUUGAUCUCCGCCACUUUCGGUCGGUUGUGACUAAAUUCUCGUCAGAAUCGGACCCCUUGCCUGUGCCGUGCCGUCAUUGACCCGAGACCGAAGUCUACGAAACAGUAUUUAGCUUCAUCUCAAAAACCUUUUUUUCUAAACUGUUGUCGAAUAUCUAUACGAAAGAGCUAAUCACUGCGACUUUUAAACGAGAGUCCUUAUACGAGAUUUUAAUGAAAAUAGUAUUAUAUUUUGAAUGAAAAAUAAUUGAAAACUUCUAAGGAAUGCGCUUGACGUCGGUUUGAUCAGCUUAGCCCGAUAUUUGACUGUGAUGUGUUUUACUUUGCACGUUUAUUCGUCACUCGACUCGUGUCGCCCUCUGUUAAGGUGAAUUUAUUAAAAGGAUUGCACUUUUUGCUGAAUUUUGACGUGUUUCGAGUGACAAAUAGUACGAAAGAUGAGUGAAGCCCGAGUAAAGAUAGUAUCACUCGGGCUCACGAUAGUAUUAAGCGGGCUCGUUCCGCUGAAACUAGUUGUAAGCGCGGGUUUGAGUGCUGUUUGUGAAUAAAAUCUCUUUGAAUGGUUUCUUACUCCGAUUUACUUAACAAAAGUUAUUUUUUGUAAAUACUUUGUCACCUGUGAUCCGGAAUACUAUUUCUAUUUAGACACUAAGAGAAAAGAACGAAGAACACAAAAACCCGCGCAAUUUUUAGUAAUAUAAAAUGAUAACACUGGUUGUGCGUGACGCGAGCGGUGUGCGAGUGAGAGGAUGAUAUUGUUUCCAUCUCGUUUUGUUUAUCAUACAUCUGUUUCGUUAAAAAUGUUGUUUAUAUUUGUCUAGUACAUAUAGUAUUGGAGAAUAUUGUUCGGUCUUUGUCUAAAACUUACGAUAAAGCGAUGGGCCCCUAUUAGAAAAAUACCUUUAGAUGCCGUUAAUCUUCAGUAAUGUCAACUAAUAGAAUGACCACGUAAAAAUGGGGGUCAGUGGUGUAUGGUUGCGAUGGUUGAUGAAAUUUUGAAUCUCAAAUGUAUUAGCUGCUAAGCGGAAAGAGCUUCUGAGAGAUCGGAUUUGCCCGAUUACUUUGUUCGACAAAUAUAUUAAAUAAAAGUUUUCCGUUUGAAGCGGAAAUUCGCCUUCCAAGGCACUAACCAAGUAUUGACUAAACUAUUUGUUUUGACUUGAAUGCAUUUGAAUAAUAUUGAUGGAACUCGAGCCAAGGAAAACCAUUCCAGUGUUUCUUUCAGUCACAAAUGAUUUACAAGGAAUGUUUACAAUUAACGCUAUUUGCAUUGAUGCCGUAUUGUUAACGUUGCUUGAAUGUGGAAUUGUUAGUAAAACAAUUUUUUCACUUAUGAAAGUCAAUGCAGCAUAUGCAAAGUGUAUAAAUUUAUUUUAAAUGGCAAAGUUGUUAUACUGGUCGUAAAUUAAAUUAAAUUUGCAAUACAGUAAGUCACAGCUUUUUAAUAUUUAAUUUUUAUUCAUAUAUUUUAUAUUGAUUUUUGUUAAUCAUGAUUUUUCGUUGAACCCGUUAUACUUAAUGUGGAAAAGGUAGUUCCUUACGCGUUUAAGGAAAAUAAAAAUAUCUAGAUCUGAGAAAUGUUUUUUAAAAAGGCAUUUAAUAUGAACUCACGUUACCGCCCAUUUCUCUUUCAAUUAACGGAUGACACGUCUUUAGUAUAUUAAGCGUUCACAUAGAACUUAACGAUUCGUUAUCCGUUCGUUAAACCGAGAAUGAGGCAUAUGCAUCCCACGUUGCCGGGACCAUAGUUUAAUUCAAUGUUCAAAACCCAGGGAUGAAUUAUUUUCUCUCAAUUGAUGAAUCUCUUAUAUUUUCUAUGCAUUUCGAUUUGUUUAUCUACAUAUAAGCAAUAAAAAGAAUCUAUGCAUGCAUGAAAUGAUAAUUAUGAAGAAAAUGUAAUAAUUUAUUGAUUUGUAUGUAGAUAAAUAAUCGAAAGUGAGAAAUAGUUAAUUUGAAGCGAGUAAGUGAAAGUGGGUUUUGCUCAAUCUUGUAUCGACUUAAAAGUCACGUGCAAUAUAUAGCAUAAUUAUUAUUUUGUUUCCAAUAAAAUUAUAAAAAU